ACAACUGCAGCUCCUGCUACAACAACUACAACUUCAGCUCCUACGACAACCACAACAACAGCACCUCCAACAACUGUAGCUCCCACGAUAACUGCAGCUCCUACAACAGCUUUAGCAUCUACGAUAACCACUGCAGCCCUAACAACAACAACUGCUGCUCCUACGACCACUACAGCUCCAGAACCUAUUACGACAACCACUGCAGCUCCUGCUACAACAACUACAACUUCAGCUCCUACGACAACCACAACAACAGCACCUCCAACAACUGUAGCUCCCACGACAACUGCAGCUCCUACAACAGCUUUAGCAUCUACGACAACCACUGCAGCCCUAGCUACAACAACUGCUGCUCCUACGACCACUGCAACUCCACAACCUACUACGACAACCAGUGCAGCUCCUACUACAACAACUGCUGUUCUAACGACCACAGUGACUGCAGCACCUUCUACAAUAACUACAACUUCAGCUCCUACGACAACAACAACUGUAGCUCCCACGACAACUGCAGUUCCUACAACAGCUUUAGAAUCUACGACAACCACUGCAGCCCUAACAACAACAACUGCUGCUCCUACGACCACUACAGCUCCAGAACCUAUUACGACAACCACUGCAGCUCCUGCUACA